GGAAAAAUAGGAAAUCCUCAAAAGCAACGCAGAAGAACGUGAAAAUACGCGAGAUGGUUCAAUGAAGAAUUUGAAGAAAAAAACAUACUAAAUUAACCAAAGCCUCUCUGAAUAGAAAUAUUUAAAAACGAAUAGAGAUACUAAACAACUAAUACAAUUUCUGAAACCAUUAAACCAAUCAGUUAUAAGAGUAAAAGUGACUCAGACAAAUUUAAUUCAGAUAAUUGUUUUUAGCUCCUAGAGUUAGGUUUAAAUCCACAGAAUAAGAAAGCUCAUUUCUUCCAUUUUAAAACUUUUCUUCUACAUCUUAAGUAAAAAAAGUAGAGGGGGAUGUUGUCCGAAAUAAAACUGUGCGUGGAGAUAUCCAGCUUAAAUCACAUUGAGAAAAAAUUACCCUUUCCAGGGAAUCCAGAGGGUGCCUUGGCGGGUAUGAUAAAUCCAAGAUGGCUGCUAGGACGUGGCCUCGCUGUUUGGUUAAGCGCCGGAACAGAACAAGAUGCCGGUCUAGGGCGCGUACUGUACGGUCUAGCUCUUACCGGGUGCCGGCGCGCAGUUCACCAACAAAUCCACUGCUAGACACACUACCCUUUAAAGUUUUCAGAUCUGUGAUUUCAUUCUAGAAAAUCUGCGAGUUUUCCUUAGGAAAAGUUCUCUUGAAGAAAUAUAAUUAUGAAGUUGAAGUAAAAUUGAAUGUGGAGGUUCACAACUAAGAAGCUGAUAUUAGGAGGUUGAGAUGGUUGCUGACAACGAGGAUAUUCCAACCUCUCCUGCUGUUAGAAAACGAAGCUAUCCAUUCAUCCAGUUCACAAACCCAGAUGUGAGUCCUGUCAAACAAAGCCUUCCCUCACCACCUCUACAGUCUAAGGAUUAUCUGGUCUUCAAGAAAGGACUAGACACCUUUGGAGGGAGUAGUGCAGUGCGAGGGGGAGCAGACGAACACAAUCGGGGGAGUAUUUCAGGGAGUCCAGGAGUAGGUAAAACCGAAACAGAAAAUAAAGGAGAAGUAAAUAAAACUGGGAGUACUGGAUCAAUAAAACCUAAAGUAUGGAGUACAGAAGGUGGUGGAGGUGGAGUGAAAGAUAAACUAAAAGUAAUCUAUCUGGGAGAUCAGAAGAUUAAAACAAAGGACGGAAAGAAUAAGGAGAAGAACGUGACGGAAGAAGAUGGAGAAGAAACUGAGAAAAAUAAAAAGGAGAUUCAGAAGACCAUGGGAAAUUCAGGUUACAUCAGGAGUAACGGUAAAGGGGAAAGUGAAGAGCCAAGGGAUGGUAGGAGAAGUACACCCCCUUACCCAGCAGGAGAAUAUAAUGACUCCCUGCCUCCUGUUCUUGAGUCUAAUCCUCCGAUUGAGCGGAGUAGCCGAGUGGGUCAACAUCUUUUACCUGUUGGAGUUCUUAGAGAAAACGCGGGAACACUGCUCACGCGCCGUACAACCGGACAGCCAUAUCCUCGCAAAUCUGCGCUUGCAAUAUCGAUAAAACCCGCGCCAUCGAGUUUAAAUCCUAAGGGAGUGACCAAACCAAACCAGAAAAAACUGGAUUUUCUAAAUAGUGCCGCCGAAAACGAAAAGCAGAGUUAUAAUAUACCGAAAGAGAUCAAGUGUGAGAGCAUUCAGAAAAGUGACUCACUCUCAGGCCAUUCAACCCUCUCUCCGGCAGCCAUUUUGGAUCCUGCUCUUUCAUGCCAAUCCCAGGGACAUCACGUGACUAAUAAGAACCAAUCAGAAGAGCUGGUAGCUACCACACCAUCUGUUCAUCACUUCAACUCCUCCACCCAAUCAGAUGGCGAGACCGAUAUAUCUCGACCAAUCGGAGCGGAGCAGACAAAUUCUCUCUAUGUUCAUUGGUCAAAACUGCAGUCCAAUCAACCAAUCAAGAAAAAGAUGAAGCAGCUUAGCCGAAGUAGAAAGUUGAAUACGAGAUAUCCAGCUCCUGAGAAACCAAGACAAAAACGAGCAGUUAUCCAGGAUAUGGUUCGACCUCUGAAACAAUGGCUGUUGAGACACCGCCACAACCCCUACCCCAGCAAGACUGAGAAGGUUCAGCUUGCCUUGAACUCACAGAUGAAUCUUACACAGGUUGCGAAUUGGUUUGCGAAUGCGAGACGACGUCUGAAGAAUGUUGUACACGAACCACGGUGCUCUUGGUCUAAACGUCUACGCUUGUACAACAAAUAUGUACAGGGUAAUGCUGAGCUGUUAUCAAUAUCAUCCGAGGAUUCUAUUUGGAACUCAGAGGAUGAAGAUGAGGAUGAGGAGAGGCCAGAUUCUGUUGGGUAUGAUGGCUCCGAUCAAAGGCAAGAUAAUGGAGAUAGAAAGGAUCGGUACAGCAGAGAAGAUCGUUACAGUGCAGAUGAUCAGUACAGCAAAGAGGAUCGUUACAGUGUAGAGGAUCGGUACAGCAGAGAUGAUCGGUAUAGCAGGGAGGAUCCUGGAGAAUAUAAGGAGGGAGGACAUGUUUCGUCUGUUGUAUUCAAACAUCGUGAACGCGAGCAUAGUUACUCUAUACCAGGCUGUAGAUCUUCAUCAGAUUCGUCCCAGCUGUCCACCCCUGACCAGGUCACGCCCUAUGUGUCCCCGCCCUCCUCCCCGCCUACUCUUACUCCCCAGCGCCCGCUGACCCCAUGUUCACCGGAACCUAGCUGUCCUGAUACACCUAAAUAUAAGACAACUAUGCUGUAUAGAUACCUUCAAGAUGCUGCAGAUGCUCAAUCUAAUCUUCAUCAGGGAACCAGGUCUGAUAUUAAAGAAGAGGAUGCGGAUGAGUAUGAGGAUGAGGAUGAGGAUGAUGUAUCCAGGACUCCGGCCUCUAGUCCUAACCUCUCUAAGACAGGUUGUGACUCUCCUGGGACUGAUUUACACUGUGAUAACCUCAACUCUAGAAAUACCCAGCAUCAAUCAAUCAAUCAAUUAGACUCUAAACCCCCACAAGCAGAGCAGCGAACUUCUCUAUAUGAUUUCAUAAAAGAUGAGAGCGGGUAUACUACUCCGGAGCAGGUUGAGACUGAAGAGAAGGUUUGUAUCCGACCAGAGCAAAGACGGGUUCGUCUUCAGAGUGAGGAUUUAUCCGAUAAUGAUCCUGGAUACAAGGAUAGAGAACUAAUCAAGAAACAUCUUGUUUUCGAUUCAGAAAAAUACGGGAGAAGACAUGUUCCCUACCGGGUUAGUAGUGGUAGAUCCCCCCCUAGACCAGUUUCCCCUUUCCUAUCCCCUAUCGAGGAACCUGUACCCCCUGUAGGAGCUCAGGAGGAGGUGGUGGAGGACUCACGUAGAGAUGCAUUCACUCCUGCAGAGCAGUUUAUACAUCCUACACACACCUCGUCUCCUUCAAUACCUCCUGCUCAGGAAAUGUCCAACGGGUUUUACUGUUUGCCUUCUAUUGGUUCUCAAACCUUCCAACUCUCUCUUCCCAACCUUCCUCAACAGCUCUCCUUCCCUCCUAGAUCUAUACAAUCCUACACCUUCCCUUCCUCCGCUCCCUCCUUCAUACCCUCCUCCUCUAAUACCUCCUCAUCAGCCCCUGCCCUGCUAAUAGGUAUCCAGUCCACCCCUCAUAGCUACCCCCCUAGAGCACCAGAUAACUCCUCGACAAGUCACCGGAUGGCUCUGUUGCCUGGACUCCCUACUCCUCCCCAGUCUGCUCCCUUGAGCCUGAUAUCUCCGAACCUGCUGAGUUCAGCUCCUGGAGGAGGAGUUCCUCCAUUCUUCCAGUGGCCUCGUCUUCCCUUUCCUUUCUUCCCAUUGCAUCCAGAUACAAACUGUGAUAUAAACUGGCUACCCCCUUCUCCCGCCAACAUAUGGCAGGAUAACCUGAGGCGCUCUGAGCUGGACGCCGCCAUGACACUCUCACAGCUGGCAGGCGGAUACUUGAACCAUUCAUGAUUGGUCCAUGCAUCACCUUGGGGCCUCAUUCCCCGCCCCGGCUCGGACUGAAAGUAAACGCCAGUAACUGGUUUUGUUAAGUUACCAUAUUAUUUAAACAAAAGCUAUUCGCUCUUUCAUACAGUAAUCUUUGAUAUUAAACAGAGUCUUAGGAUUCUUACUUUCAAAGACUUUUAAUUUUCUGACGUAACGUAUUUAGCUAGAUCUUUCGAGUAUUUUACAGCAAAUCAAUCAAAUCCAAUUCUGUCAUUUAUUUCCUAACACUUCAAUAUAUUUGGCAUAAUAAGCUAAGCAUAAGGUUCGACGUUUGACCAGCCUUGAAGGAACCUGGGCAUACGAUCCUAAUUUUCUUCAGCGGACAGAUAAUAAUUACCUGUCCCGUUCUUUAACCGCCCAGGGCCGCUGUUCAAUACCGCCAUAUUGCGCCGGGUACAGAGCCGCGGAUUUUUUACAAUUUGGCGCUGCGCAUUUUUCCUGAGAGGUUUAAGUGUAGGAGAAUAGACAGGUUGGAGACAUUAGGAUAGACAAGGAAGAGACAGGACAAGGACAUAGAAAGGAAAUAUAUAGAAUAGGGCAAGACAUUUAUGAAAUUUUUACCGGGGGAGGGGAGGGGGAGGGGGGGUAGUUAGGUUGCAUUAUAAACCUGAUCUGUUGGAUAUUAGUACACUUUGUACACGGAAUUUCACUGAAAUAAUUAGUAAACAAAAUUUUAAUUUAUAUUAUACUUAAUACGUGCAUUUCCUUAACAAAAAUGGCGUCUUUCAAUUAAAAAAUGUCCUGGUAAACUUUUGCUAUGCUUUAUAGUCAUGAUAAACAAAAAUAGUAUGAGGUUAAUUUCUAUAUAUUUAUUGUUUUAAGCUUAAUAGGAAAAAAAAAUUCUAAUGUUUAUUUAUAUCUGUUUUUCAAUUUGUUUAUAACUUUUACUGGACACCCGCGCGCUCUCUAAUAUUAAGCCAUUAAUCUUUAACUUAAUAGUUUAUUACUUUUAAACAACUUUCAAACUGAUUGAAAAAAAUUCUAGAAGCUAAAUAGUUUCUCAGUUUUAAUAGCAUUAUAUUAUCUUUUUUUAAGUAGCAUCAAACUAAUGGACAGUUUCUUUUAUUGAACUCUAAUGGUUUAUCAUAAUCUUUUGACGUAGUUCAUAGUCAAUAUAGGCAGAGAAGGAUUUUACAAUUAAGUUAGGCCUAGGCUCCAGGUCCUGGGCUGUGGCUAGGAUACGCCAGGGGCCGAGAGCUGCGGCUCGAUUAUCUGGGAAAGUCCAUCUUUGGAAAUUGAGAAAUUGAGAUAUUUCCAUUUUGUUACAGGUAAUAGAGUAGGAUAGGUAUUAGGGCAGGAUAGGUAGGGAGCAGACUAAGUAUGUAGGAGGACAGGAUAGGAUAGGAUAGGAUAGGAUAGGAUAGGAUAGGAUAGGAUAGGAUAGGAUAGGAUAUGGUAGGAUAUUAUAUUUAGUGGAGUAGGAUAGGUAGUGGAUAGCAGAGUAGGUAGGUAGUAAAGUAGUAGGGUAGAAUAUGUAGUAGGGUAUUUAAAGUAGUAGGGUAGGAUUGGUAGUAGCGUUGGACAGGUAGUAGGGUAGGAUAUGUAUUUUGUAGUAAGGUUGGAUAGGGAUAGUUAGAAAAGUUGGAAAGGAAGUAGGGAAGGAUAGGAAAUUAAGUAGGAUAGCUAGGUAGAAAGGUAGGAUAUGUAAUUGAGUAGAAUAGUUUAAUUGAGUAGUAUAGGUAAUUGAGUAGGAUAGGUAGUGGAGUAGGAAAUGUAGUGGAGUAGGAUAGGUAGUAGAGGAGGAUAGGCAGGUGGCUAGGACAGGUAGUGGAGUAAGAUAGGUAGUAACGAAGAAUAGGUAGUAGGGUAGGACAGGUAUUGGAGUAGGAUAGGAAGUAGAGAAGAAUAGGUAGAGGAGUAGGACAAGUAGUGGAGUAGGAUAGGUAGUAGAGGAGGAUAGGCAGGUGGCUAGGACAGGUAGUGGAGUAAGAUAGGUAGUAACGAAGAAUAGGUAGUAGGGUAGGACAGGUAGUGGAUUAGGAUAGGUAGUAGAGAAGAAUAGGUAGAGGGGUAGGACAGGUAGUGGAGUAGGGUAGCUAGUAGAGAAGAAUAGGUAGAGGGGUAGGACAGGUAGUGGAGUAGGAUAGGUAGUAGAGAAGAAUAGAUGGUAGGGUAGGGUAGGACAGGUAGUUAAGUAGAAUAGCUAGUAGAGAAGAAUAGGUAGUAGGGUAGGACAAGUAGUGGGGUAGGACAAGAGUGGAUUGGGAUAGGAAGUAGGGUGGAUAUGUAGUAGGGACUAGGGUAGGAUAUGGUAAUGGAGUAGGAAAGAAAGGGAAGUAGAAUAGGUAAUCAAGUAAGAUAGGUUGUAUAGAAGGAUAGGUAGUGAAGUAGGAUAGAUUGUAUAUUAGGACAGGUAGUAGUGGAGUAAUAUAAUGACAUAGGAGUAGCUAGAAUCUUGAAAAUGAUAGAAGUAGUAAAGUUAAGAAAAAAUUAUUCAUCAAUAAAUACCCGAAUGAAAAACUGUGACAAAGAUAAAGAAAAGAGGAAAGGUUACGAGACUGAGACAUGUAGGUUGUAGCCUGUAGGUCGUGAUGAGCUCCCGAAAACCAUAGGAAAAGCCUGUAUGUUAGGAAAAACAUAGGAAACGCCUGCAUGUUAGGAAAAACAUAGGAAACGCCUGCAUGUUAGGAAAAACAUAGGAAACGCAUAGGAAAAUUAUAGGAAACGCAUAGGAAAAAUAUAGGAAACGCCUAAGAAAAAUAUAGGAAAUGCCUGCAUGUUAGGAAAGACAUAGGAAACGCUUGCAUGUUAGGAAAAACAUAGGAAACGCCUGCAUAUUAGAAAAGACAAAGUAAACGCCUGCAUAUUAGAAAAGACAUUGGAAACGCCUGCAUGUUAGAAAAAAAACAUAAGAAACGCCUGCAUGUUAGGAAAAACAUAGGAAACACCUGCAUGUUAAGAAAAACAGGCAACACCUGCAUGUUAGGAAAGACAUAGGGAACGCCUGAGUUAGAAAAGACAUAGGAAACGCCUGCAUGUUAGGAAAAACAUAGGAAACACCUGCGUGUUAAGAAAAACAGGCAACACCUGCAUGUUAGGAAAGACAUAGGGAACGCCUGCAUGUUAGGAAAACAUAGGAAACGCCUGCAUGCUAGGAAAAACAUAGGAAACGCCUGCAUGUUAGGAAAAACCUAGGAAACGCAUAAGAAAGACAUAGGAAACGCCUGCAUGUUUGGAAAGGCAUAGGAAACGCCUGUAAAAAAUACAUAGGAAACGCCUGCAUGUUAGAAAAGACAUAGGAAACGUCUGCAUGUUAGAAAAGACAUAGGAAACGCCUGCAUGUUAGGAAAAACAUAGGAAACGCCCGCAUGUUAUGAAAGACAUAGGAAACACAUGCAUGUUAGGAAGACAUUGGAAACGCCUGAAUGUUAGGAAAGACAUAAGAAACGCCUUCUUGUUAUGAAAAACAUAGGUAACGCCUGCAUGUUAGGAAAACCAUAGGAAACGCCCGCACGUGUUAGUGUUAAGAAAGACAUAGGAAACCCCUACAUGUUAGAAAAGAAACAUAGGAAACGCCUGCAUGUUAGGAAAAAAUAUAGGAAUAGCAUAGGAAAGACAUAGGAAACGCCUGCAUGUUAGGAAAGACAAAGGAAACGCCUGCAUUUUAGGAAAGAAAUAGGAAACGCCUGCAUGUUAGGAAAGACAUAGGAAACGCCUGCAUGUCAGGAAAGACAUAGGAAACGCCUGAAUGUCAGGAAAACGGAAACGCCUGCAUGUUAGGAAAGACAUAUGAAAGUCUCAAUGUUUGGAAAGACAUAAGAAACGCCUGCAUGUUAGGAAAAAAACAUGGGAAACGCCUGCAUGUUAGGAAAGACCUAGCGAACGCCUGCAUGUUUGGAAAAACAUAGGAAACACCUGCAUGUUAAGAAAAACAGGCAACACCUGUAUGUUAGGAAAGACAUAGGAAACGCCUGCAUGUUAGGAAAAUAUAGGAAACGCCUUCUUGUUAGGAAAACAUAGGAAACGCCUGCAUGUUAGGAAAAACCUAGGAAACGCCUGCAUAUAAGAAAAGACAUAGAAAACCCCUGCAUGUUAAAAAAGACAUAGGAAACGCCUGCAUGUUAGAAAAGACAUAGGAAACGCCUGCAUGUUAGAAAAAAACAUAGGAAACGCCUGCAUGUUAGGAAAAACAUAGGAAACGCCUGCAUGUCAGGAAAGACAUAGGAAACACCUGCAUGUUAGGAAUAACAUAGGAAACGCCUUCUUGUUAGGAAAGACAUAGGUAAUGCCUGCAUGUUAGGAAAAAAAACAUAGUAAACGCCUGUAUGUUAAGAAAGACAUAAGAAAACGCCUGCCUUUUAGGAAAGACAGAGGAAACGCCUGCAUAUUAGAAAAAACAUAGAAAACCCCUGCAUGUUAAAAAAGACAUAGGAAACGCCUGCAUGUUAGAAAAAACAUAGGAAACGCCUGCAUGUUAGGAAAAAACAAAGGAAACGCCUGCAUGUUAGAAAAAAACAUAGGAAACGCCUGCAUGUUAGGAAAAACAUAGGAAACGCCUGCAUGUCAG